AUGCUGAUUCUUGAUAAUGAUAAUGUUGACGAUUAUGGGGACGAUCCUGAUGGCAAUAAUCGUGACUAUGAUGACGAUCAUGAUGACGACGGCUAUGACGACAAUGACGACGACGAUGAAACUGACGUUGAUGGUGAUUAUGAUGAUGAUCAAGAUGAGAUUGGCUGUUUUUAUUUAGCAUUUAUUCUCGCCGUCUUCGCCGCCGUGCUGGCCGUGGCCCGCGCUGGCUACCUGGCCGCCCCCGCCGCCGUCUCCUACGCCGCCCCCGCUUACGCCGCCUACGGCGCCCACGCCGUGGCUCCCGCGGCCAUCACCUCCCAGCACUCCAACAUCCUGAGGAGCUACGGCAACCUGGGACAGGUGUCCACCUACUCCAAGACCAUCGACACCCCCUACUCCAGCGUCAGCAAGUCUGACGUGCGCGUCAGCAACGACGCCGUCGCCCACGUAGCCGCCCCCGUGGCCUACGCCGCCCCCGCCGUCGUCAAGGCCGCAGCUCCCGUCGCCUACGCCGCCCCCGCCGCCUACGCCGCCCCCGCCGUCGUCAAGGCCGCCGCCCCCGCCGUCGGUCUGCUGGGAGUCGCCUACUCCGCCGCCCCCGCCGUCGCCCACAUGACCUACAGCAACGGUCUGGGUCUCGCCUACGCCUGGUAAUCUGACCUCAC